GCCUGUUCAGCAAGCUUAUCGUGUAUCGACAGCUUGCUGGUGGCUUUGAACGCACCCCUGUGUCUACUACCACUCACCCCUACGUCACUUCCGCUACACAACCUUCUCCAAGAGUUUUGUCCAAGAUGGCGUCAACGCAGUUAACGGAUGAGGAGCUUUUCUCCGAAUUAAAGCGCUUUGGUUUCACUCCAGGCCCGGUCACCGAAAACACGCGCCGGUAUAUCUGAAGAAAACUGAAGAAGCUUCGCGAAGAGCAGCAGCAGCGGGGCUCCAGAGCGGGUAAAACCCGGAGCAGCGGGGCCAUCAACAGCACCACUGGCGGAGGCAACACGGCGGGAUCCAGGCCAGCCAGCCAUGACGUCACGCACCUGAGCUCGAGCAGGAGACCGGGCAGGAAGUCCACCGUCCUCGGCUUCAGCUCCGACGAGUCUGACGCUGAAACUCCGCUGAAAAGAAAAGGCCUCAACCACAGCAGCAGGGCAGAGCGGAGCCCCGGUUUCCCGCAACAACCGAAGAUAAGGCCCGUUACGACACCGAGCGCGGUUAGCAAGAGUCAGUACGGCGCUACUAGUCCGCUCAACAGCAACAAUUCCUCCCCGGGUCCGGGCGGACACAGAAGUGUCUCGCUGGGUUGGGGAGUCCGUGCCAGAUCCAGCCCCGAGGCGGAAGGGAGGGAUUACGACGAUUCGGGGGACGAGGACGAUAAUGAGGGGGGACCGGAGAAGAACUCUCGCUCUUUAAAUGGUUGUGGGGCGUCUCAUUUAAACACUAGCAAGCUAGCUGGGGAUUACUCAGACUCGGACGAGGAGGAGGUUGGGGGCCCUGGUGCCGUAGACCAGCAGCGGGAGAGGUUGGAGCCAAGACGGAGCCACCCGAAAGCGGAGUUUCCUUCCCACAGAGGGUCCCAGACGGGAGGGGCGGGCAGACAGGUUAACCCGUCUGAGAGUCUAAAUAUGGUGGGGAGCCGGAGGGAGGAGGGGGAGGAAGACGACGCCAAGAGAAGGGACUCGGAGGUGUCGGGAGGCUCCCGGAGCCACAACUUUCCAAGGAAGUCCAUCUACGUGUCCCUCACCGAGAACCACGGAGGAGAGGCCGGCAAAAAAAACCACGUCGACGGCGAGGACGGAGCAUCCAGAAGCAGCAGUCGGUUUGCCAUCGGGUUGAGACCGCGCUUCUCCAACUACAGCAGCCUGUCCCAGAGCUACAGGGGCAACCACUCCAACCACACCGCCCCCAACCACUCAUACAGCCAGGCGGUGCUCAAGCACAAGCUGUCUGUCCCGGAGGACGAGCUGCUCCAGCAGUUCAAGCGGGAGGAGGUGGCCUCCUCCGGGAGCUUCAGCGCUCACCUGUCCAUGUUCCUGCUUACGGCAGCCUGCCUCUUCUUCCUGCUGCUGGGCCUCAUGUACCUCCGGAUGAGGGGCUCUGGAUCCUCGGAGGUGGAUGGAGUCAUUAAGAGCCACCCUUUUGGCAGCGACUUUGACAACUCUUAUGACAAGACGGAGAAGGACCUGAUCCUGAAGCUGCUGCUGAAGCUACAUGACCACCUGGCCCAAGUUGCUGGCCAGCAUGACUGUGGAGACCAGCAGCAUCCAAACAGGAGUCUGUCCAUGGAGGAGGCCUCUGCAUAUUUACGGGCUCAGAAUCAGGAGUUUGAAAACUUCAUUCUUACAUCUCUGGAGUGGAUCAUCAGGACAGGACAGGACGUUGGAAUAAGGCUGACGGGGCAAGUAGCUGAUGAGCCGUUGAUGGAUGUGUCUGAGGUCUCUCGGCUGGAGUCCACACAUCCCAAGAUGCCCUUCACCUGCCGCUUUAGACGAGCCUUCCUCACUGUCAUCAGCAGAGUCUUCUUGAUCGCAGUCGUGGUCGGCUGUGUGUGGAGCGUGGUCUGCUACAUGAAGUAUCGCUGGAGGAGAGAGGAGGAGGAGACCAGGCAGAUGUACGACAUGGUGGAGAGGAUCAUUGAUGUGUUGAGGAGCCACAGUGAAGCUUGUCAAGAGAACCAGGACAUGCAGCCCUACCUGCCCAUCCCCCAUGUCAGAGACUCCCUGGUUCAGCCUCAGGACCGGAAGAAAAUGAAGAAGAUCUGGGAGCGCGCUGUGAAAUUCCUCUCAGCCAACGAGAGCCGGAUUCGAAAAGAGACUCAGAGGAUCGGUGGAGCGGACUUUCUGGUCUGGAGGUGGAUCCAGCCUUCUCUCAGUUGUGACAAGACCUCCCAGAUGCCUUCCAAAGUCUGGCAAGGAAAAGCAUUCCCUCUGGACCGAAGGAAUUCACCUCCCAACAGCCUGACUCCAUGUCUGAAGAUCAGAAACAUGUUUGACCCUGUCAUGGAGGUCGGGGAGAACUGGGAUCUAGCCAUCCACGAGGCCAUCCUGGAGAAGUGCAAUGACAACGACGGCAUCGUCCACAUCGCUGUAGACAAGAACUCCCGAGAGGGCUGCGUCUACGUCAAGUGUCUCUCUGCAGAACACUCAGGGAGAGCCUUCAAGGCACUACAUGGCUCCUGGUUUGAUGGUAAGCUGGUGACUGUGAAGUACCUGCGUUUGGACCGGUACCACCAGCGCUUCCCGCAGGCCCAAGGCUGCAGCACGCCUCUGAAGGCCUCCAGCCUCCACGCCAACACCACGAGCUCCACGAACACAUCGCCCCGCCUGCAGCAGCGCAGCUCCGCCAACUCUUCAGGCUUCUCAUGAGAUCAGAUGUGUCGUCUGCGGCCUCCCCGCGCGACAGCACCGCUCUGCUGCUGCUCCUCACUGCUUUAUAAUGGGGGAAGACUUCUGUCUGCGUCUCGGGAGAGCUUUUUUUUUUUCGUUUGUUUGUUUAUUUCGUUUUUCCAACACAGGAUCGCAAGUUGUUGAGCGAUGCGGUGUUUGUUUUCAAUAACCUUUGUAUUAAAAUGUCGUGGAUUUAACAUGGAAGCAAAGCUCUUCUGGAAUAUUUAAGAUGUGUGCAGAGACUCCGACCCUCCCUCCUCCUCAUCCUGCUCCUCCUCAAACCGAUGCCACAGCGGAGCUCAUGUAUGGAAAUGGCUGCAUGUAUCAGAGUAUGCCUCUAUGUAAGCUUUCAAUGCAACACAGUGCGGGUGUUGAUUUCCCCGAAGAUGUUCGAUGUACUCCCCAGGUGUUAUUAUUCAGAUUAUUAUUAUUUAGCCAAGCGAGGAAGGGCAUGAGCGGACUUGUAGAGGGUGUGCUGUAAAUACAUGUGAAUGGUGGCACAAGCUUUAUUACAUCCUCCGUAUUCAAAGCAAACCAUACGUUUUUUCUGGCUGCUCGCAGCACCGACACACACGGCAGUCCAGCUGGUAGAGCAGGGACGACUCUGCGUUUGUCACAUGUAUUCCAUGUACUGCCUUUUCUUUCCCUUUUUAGUUCUAGCAUCCAGCAGUGCUCUCAAACUUUUUUAACGAUAUAUCACAAUCAGGGACCUUUAACAGUCACCUGAAGCUUUUUAUUUUUUUCUCCAGAUCUAAUACAGUAUAUUCCCAAAUUAUGAUUAUUUCUUACUAUGUUUAUUACUUACCUCUUUCAAGUCGGGUCACUUUCACUGUCGGCGAGUCCCCUCGUCGAAUUUCCAAACCUCGUCUCACUCCGGUGAUGCUGAUGUUUUCCGUCAUGAUACGACCUAAAGCUGUCAGUACUGGUCUCUGAUCAUGUCAGCCUCUUGUGAUGAUGCUAACACUCGUUUUUUUGUCCUAAGGCGUACUGAGAGGACAGUUUUUAACCCUUUGAAUCCUGGAGCAACAUAACUUUUCUUGUGCUGCUUUCAGAUGCCUUU